GGGAUGGGAGGAUCUCUCGCCUGACUUCUUUUCCAUCAUUUUUGUCUCCUUAUCCAUUCCCCUUGUCUAUCGUGCUUAAGCUGUCUAACUUGUUUUCUCCAUCAUUUUUUCUCUUGCCACGACAUCAUCCGACCUUCCACUUCUCUUCCAUCUGGUCUGCCGAGAGUGCCAUUUUUCAGCUCUGUCACGUUUUCUGUCUCUCUCCUCUCCCAUUCAUAGUGAGUGCACGAAUGGACCGUCAUUACGUUCCUUCUUCUCCGGUCUGCAUCUCCUCCUCCUACACGAAUCGCUGGUGCUUGCUGUAGAUCGGUCCACCGAUCAAAUCGAGGGAGACACAGAAUCUCCUCGAGAGGUUCGCUUGGAAAAGUGGCAGAAGGAGCGAGUGCUGGAGGUGGUUUGUGUGGGACAACGAGUUAUAGGUGGUGUGUGUGUGUAUGUGCACGCGCGCGCACGUGAGAGAGAGAGAGAGAGGUUCUGGUGUGAUUUGUUUUUCUGCUGAGUUGGUGAGCAAUGGAGGAGACGAUCAUCGAUCUCGUGAGCGUCAGUGGUGGACAAGAAAUGGACAACGUUGCAGGAAUCUCCAUCCUGUACGAUGAGCGGAGCUUGAUAACGAUACUCACAACAGCGUUCCUGGGAGUCCUUGUUCUUAUGUGGCUUUUGCGGCGAUGCGGCCUCAACACAAGGGGCCAGGUGUCGAUCCUCGGCAUUGUGAUUGGCGGACUUGUCGGGUUCUUGCUCUUUGUCGUCCCUCCCCAUUGGUCCCUUGGCAAAGUUACAAUUGCAGAUUUCGACGUGGCAAACUGGGUACCAAGUUUCCUGCUAUUAAGUCCAGAGCUUCUCAACUGGAUUGAUACGGCAUUUUCGCAGCUGAGUGGAGGGCGAUUGCCAGACUCUGCAGGGAGGAUAGUGUUCAUAGUUGUUAUCUUCUGUAUUUUAGCACUCUGGGUUUUGCCGGCUUUGGUGUCGCUUGUGGUUGCUGUCCUCAAGGCUGCUGAAUGUUUCUCUGAUGAGGAGAGUGAAAAUCUGCAGGAAGACGACUUCCACAAAAUGGAAAACUCGUUCCUGACAGGGGACACACCCUCUCGCUCAGAGUUGCACCCAAUUCCUUCUGAAUCUAGCAUGUCAAAGGGGUUUCUAUGUCAGCCAUCCUUGUCAGGGUCAGGGAUUUCUAGAGGCAAUCGUGAGUUGAGCGGUUAUGAUUGGGAUGGCGGUGGGGACAGUGGUGCUUUGCGAAACCCUGCUGAGGACAAUGAUUCACCAGAAGGAUGGCGGAAAACUGUUACUGCCACUGUGAUGAGGCGGGUAGCUGCUGCACAAAAAGCGUCUGCGUCUGCUGCUGCAGAGAGGGAGAUAAAGAGAAAUGUGAUUCUCGAGGAAAAACAGCGGAGGGAUGAGGAGAGAAAGCAACGGAAAGAAGCUCGAAACAGACAAUAUGAAGAAGCCAUGGAGGAGGUCAAGGCUGUUCGGAAAGCGAUUCGGGAAUGUAAGGAAAACUUGAGAAUGGAGGAGAUACGUUUUAAGCGGGCGGAGCUUCAGCUGCUGGAUGAGGGUCUUGUCGACGUCGACAGCGCUAAGCUAGAGGCAGCGAGGAAUGAAGUGGAGGAGUUGAGGAAGUGCCAGCAGGAACUGCUCGAGCAGCGUGACCAGCUAGAAGCGCAGCUAACGAUCGCAAAGUCACAUUUGGAAGCCGCCAAGGCACUGUUUAAGGAGUUGUUGAAGAGGGAUGCACUUGAUGCGGUACCAGAAUCGCCGUUGACUUCGGCAGUGAAAGCGCGUCAGAUGUGCCGUGUGCAAUUCAUUCACCGGCUUUGGCGGAGGAUGGACUUGCGAAUCGCAUGCAGAGGAUGUCAUGUACAGACUAGUCGUUUGGUUGCCACAAGAAGAGAGCAAUGCCACUCUUUGCCUGAUCGGAUGGGAGAAAGGACGGGAGGAGAGAAGAGGAAGGUGUAGGGAGGAGGGUGGGAGCGUCUUUUCCCAUAACAACCACAUCAGGAGUAGUGCCUUGUCAACAAUAAGGAUAAAGACAAACACAGCGGGAGAUCCUUGUUCUGCAUGUUCAUUGGAGGAUGGGCAUGGAGGAGAGGAAGGUGUAGGGAGGAGGGUGGGAGCGUAUUUUCCCAUAACGACCACACCAGGAGUAGUGCCUUGUCAAUAAGGAUAAAGACAGACACAGCGGGAGAUCCUUGUUCUGCAUGUUCAUUGGAGGAUGGGCAUGGAGGAGAGGAAGGUGUAGGGAGGAGGGUGGGAGCGUCUUUUCCCAUAACGACCACAUCAGGAGUAGUGCCUUGUCAAUAAGGAUAAAGACAAACACAGCAGGAGAUCCCUGUUCUGCAUGUUCAUUGGAGGAUGGGCAUGGAAGGAUGGGUAACCCGUACCUAACCCGAAAGCCAUUACGUCGUGCACACAGUGUUUUCCUGAGUUCUGAGGACAGAUGAUGUGUGCCGUGGAGGACAGGGCUGAGCUGCUGAAACAGAUACAGCAGGGAUACCAGUGGGCGGGCCUAGCUCAGUCGGCACACCCAUGAGCUGUUGAAAUACAGACCUGAGUUCGAAUCCGGAUGGAACUGGAUGAAUGAGAUCGAGUACUGGAAAACAAACACAGCAGGGGAUGGCUUGUAGGGAAAGCAAGUGAUGCUUUGGGUGCGUGCGGAUGGCACUCUCUUUGAGCAACCGAGAAUGACACCUGGCCUACUGUGUUAUCUCUGUAGGAGGGCAAGACAACUGUAAAUUCAGGCACAAGUAGAAAGGGUGACAGACACAUUGCUGCAUGCGUAACACAGGCGUAAGAGGAAAUCUUCAAUUUAAACAAUUUUGUAAUUUAACUUCCACGGAGAAUCUCUUGUCUUCGUUUGGUCGGGCAACAGGAUGAAGAAUCUGACGGACUGCGGGUGGCUAAGGCAGCAGCAGGCAAAAGGUUCUUUUUGUACAGUGAUGCUAGCAUACAUCCAAAACGUAGCUCAGCUGGCACAAGGCCGGAGCGUAACCGGAGCCUGCAGCAUGAAGGACGGAACGACUGUGGGUUGGGGGAACUGCUGGACGUGGAAGUGUGGCUGGCUAUCAAGAAGGCCCAGUGGAGUAUAAUGUGCAGAAUGUAAUACAUGUGAUGGCAGGAGUUAUGUAAUUCAUGCAAACAGGAAGAUGGCAGGAGUUAUGUAAUACAUGCAAACUGGAAGAUGGCAGGAGUUAUGUCUUUGAACGAAAGGCCAAUAGUGUUGUCUGGGGACAUAAGCAAACAGGCAAACAGACGGGGGGAUGAACAGGAGGGCAUAGGCCAGAGAAUUGAUGGAUAGGAAGAGUGGUGGACAGACAAACAGGGGGACAAAUAGAUGGCCAGAGGGAACAAAUAGUUGGGUGAAUGGAUCACAAGUUGUUCCAUGUAUCCGCUUGAGAGGUUGGAGUGGUUAAUGAAAGGGCGGGAGAAGGAGAGGCAAAUUCACGAGGCAUGACCGAGCAGAAAUGAACGGACUGGAAGCGUGAUGGACAGGCAAACAGUAGGUGGCCAGAGGGGACGAAUAUUUGGAUGAAGCUAUCACAAGUUGUUCCAUGUAUCAGCUUUAGAGGUUGGAGUGGUUAAUGAAGGGGUGGGAGAAGGACAGGUGAAUUCGCAAGCCAUGAAUGGGCAGAAAUGGAUGGAUGUGUGUGUGAUUGGAUGACUCAAGGAGUGAAUGCAAGGACAGCAGAGAGAGGGUGGGCAAACACACCAGUACCUUUUCCAUGUAUCAGUCGCGGGCCCCUCACCGCGACUUUCGGAGGCCUGAAACGCAACCUAGGCACUUGAAAAACAAAUACGUGGCGGUUAAUACGGGCAACUUUCGGGGGAGGUGCAUCUUGAAUGAAAGUGGCGCCUAGGAUGAUGAAAGAUACGAGUGAGAAGACAUUGAAGAUGUGCAUCUUGAAUGUUCCCAGCCCUGACAGAAGAGUUUUUUGGCAUGGAUGGAAGAGGUGGGGGGGGGGGGGGGGGGGGGGGGGGGGGGGGGGGGGGGGGGGUGUAAGAAGAAUCUGCGGAAAGGUUGCAGAGAUGGUGGGCGACCAAAAAUAUGGUUGUUUGCUCGGUGGCCCGCGGAUGCAAAGAUGAGACUGAGUGCACAGCGCAUUCAACAUUUGCAUGUGGAAUGGUCUGAGUCCUUGCAGGAUCAUAGAGUUUCCAGCGCUGAUUACCUAUUAAACCAUCAGUACUUGGCCCAGCUAUCGGCCGCGGAAAAAUUUAGAGUAGAAAUGUUUCUACUUGGAUGAAUUUGGGCGCUCCUGUAGUGGCCCGUACGUUUCCUAAAAUCGCGUAGCGUUAACGGGCGCGACUUUAGGAAGUACUGGUGGUUUAACAUAUCAUGCAGCUAACUGUUUUGGUGUGGAUGGGGAUGCCAACAAUAUUAGUUAGAAGAAAUUACGAGUGACUUGAUACUUGCUGCGCGAUGGAGGAAAGCAAGAAAGUUGAAGUGAGAGUGUCCCCAUUGGAUGCAGUUGCAGAAAGGGGAGGAAGGGGAGUUUUUGAACUACAUCCCUUGCUGAAGGUGAGCCAACCGAUUCAGACUUUGACAAGCCACACAGGAGUUGUGUUUAGUAUGUUUGUUUGAGUUUUAUGAUCCAAUUUGUCGGCACAAUAGGUAUUGUCGAGUGCAAAGACGAGGCGUAGAUUUGGGGAGGGUGUAUGGUUGUGGACCCGCGGAUUUUUUGAGUGGAUGGUAAUGAGUAUGAGUUCCAAUAUUCUGCAUUUCCUGGAGUAGUAGCGCCGCGCUUCGGACCCUGAGCUUUCCGCGAGAAGGCCCGAAGUUGUGGGUUGAAACGACGUAUGGCAUCAGCAAGAAGACCCUGUUGAAUUUCACUCUGGUUGGACUCUUUGAAAUGACUUCUCAGGGGUAGAAUAAGUGGGACCUUGUGUAAGUGGAAUACUGCUGCAAAAAAAGACCGACAGAAUCAGCAGGGGAAGGACGCAGUGAAUGAGUCUGGUAUCCUUAGCCUCUGGAGUGGUCGGUAGGUCUCGAAGAAGUCCAGGGAUUGAGAUUUGAGCCAUUCCCUGUUGAAUUUCUCUGUGGUUGGACUCUUUGAAAUGGCUUCGCAGGGGUAGAAUAAGUGGGACCUUGUGCAAGUGGAAUACCGCAGGAAAAAAAAGACAGAGAGAAUCAGCAGGGGCAGGGCGCAGUGAAUGAGCCUGGUAUCCUUCGCCUCUGGAGUAGUUGGUAGGUCUCGAAGAAGUCCAGGGAUUGAUAUUUGGAGCGAUUGCUUGAGAAGGUUGGUUGGGUUGAAAUGAUAGAGGGAGUCGGCAGGGGCAGCAUUCUGCAUCUCCAGAGUAGAUGGUGGGCUCUCAAAAAGUCCAGGGAUUUGCAUCUGGAGAUCCUUCAUGAAGGUUGGUUGGGUUGGAAUGAUAGGAGAUGGCCCAAGGGUAGUGAGGGAGGGGGAUGUGGGGAAGCAAUCCAUUCAAAUGCUGGCCAGGAUAUGGCCGGCAUGUGAAUGCGAGGUCGCGUCAAAGUGCCGAUUGCUGGUGGGGAGCAUUGAUUACUGACAGGUGGUACUUUCUUGUAAUCUUCUUUGUUAUGAUUUUAAUAUUACUUCAGGUUAUCUACACAUAUGAUAUACAUUGACAUAAUCAAAUUGUGCAUGUAUAUACAGCACACAAAUUGUGUAUUCUGCGCUGCUUAGUUAUUAUGAUUCCUUGUGUGGUUGGUUUUCUGAACCAUUCCCUCGCCUCUUCUUCUUCUUCUUCUUCUUCUUCUUCUUCUUCUUCUUCUCCUUCUUCUCCUUCUCCUCCUUCUCCUCCUCCUCCUUCUUCUUCUUCUUCUUCUUCUUCUUCUUCUUCUUCUUCUUCUUCUUCUUCUUCUUCUUUUUCUUCUCCUUCUUCCUCUUUUCCUCUUCUUCUUCUUCUCCUUCUUGUUCUUCUUCCUGUAUCCUUGGUAUGUUUUCAGUCGAUCUUCUCCUCCUCUUCCAUCUCCUCCUCCUCCAUUCUCGUCUUUGUUGUCGUACUCCUUCUCCUUCCUCUUCUUCUUCCUCAUCUGCUUCUUCUCCUUCUUGUUCGUCUUCAUGCCUCCUCGGUAUGUUCUCAGUGAAUAGUCAGGUUUUGUGAGAUUUCUCCCUCCUUUCUUCUUCCUCUUCCCACUUGCCUGCUUGGUAUACGGCUACCAUACACAGUUUGACAGAGAGGGAGGGAUAGGGUGCGUGCACAAACAGGUGGAAGUUCGUGGAAUUUUAUUUCGCGUUUUGAAGGGGAUGCAGAGUUCUAGUAGAGCUUGGAUGUUGAUAUCCCUUUUGGAUGGAUAUUUGGUUGGGAGCGAGUUGGCAGUGAUGCAUAGGUGGCAGACUAUUCCCAUUUCGGAGCAGUCGAAGGAGUUCUGAAAAAACUUGGAUGCGAAUGGUUCUUCAGAAUGGGUGUUCAGUUGUCGAAUAUGUCAACCUCUUUUUUUCUGGUAUUUUCAGUUUACGGUUCGCUGCAGGUGUUUCUGACUAUUUUAUAAUUUCCAUCUAGAGCAGCGGGUUUGCUUGAAGAAGCAGCAAAUCGCGAGUUCUGUCGAGUAGUGCAGGUAUUGGUCAUCUUCAUUUCGCAUACAUGGCUGUGAGGCAGCAACAGGCUGGAUUGGUUUAUCUGUGCAUGUACCUUAAUUUUCACCUGGGAAGUUUGGAUGAGCUGUGAAGUCCUAAAGUUGAGAUGACGUGCAGAAAACAGUGGUAGUAGUGCCGAAGAUGGAAGGAAGUGGAAAUGUAAUUGCACUGAUGAUAAUGUAUGAAGAGGAAGAAGAUGCACCGGGAGAGAUUAGACAUUUGUCACACUUUUCGUCUUGUGGUCGAGAGGAAUCUGUUUUGUUUGUGAGACAUCCACGUGGAUUUGUUUCACAUGGGCACAUUGAAUGGUGCUUAUUGUGCUCAGAUUU